UUUAAUAUAUAAUGCGGGAUUUUUGGGCAGCAUUAAGGUGAAUUGUUGCUAGGAAACCCAUCAGUCCAAUCUGGCAACCCGUCUCCUCCAUCGCGCGCGCUCUCAUUCCGGAGCUCUCCGCGCUGUCUCCAGCCGCGCGCGCGCACCAACCAGCCGCUUUGUUUUCGCCAGAAAAACGCCUCAAAAUGGAGGAGCACAGAGGCAGAAAGAACAGAGAGGCAGAUGAACCCCAGACAUCUGGUUAAAGCCUCUGAUCACGCCCCCUGCAUCGGACACAUCACGAUGGAGACAGUGGUUAUUGUGGCCAUCGGAGUGUUGGCCACCAUUUUCCUGGCAUCGUUCGUGGCACUGGUGGUUGUGUGUCGUCAUCGAUACUGCCAUCGGCCCAACCUGUUGCAUCACUUCGAGUCCAAGCCCACAGUGGAUCUGAUUGGAGCGAUGGAGACUCAGAGCGAGCCAUCCGAGUUGGAGCUGGACGACGUGGUCAUCACCAACCCACACAUCGAAGCCAUCCUAGAGAAUGAGGAGUGGAUCGAAGACGCCUCUGGCCUAGUGUCUCAUUGUAUCUCCAUCCUGAAGAUAUGCCACACUCUGACAGAGAAACUUGUUGCCAUGACGAUGGGCUCUGGAGCAAAGGUAAAAGCCCCUGCCAGCCUUAGUGACAUCAUCACGGUGGCCAAACGCAUCAGCCCCAGGGUAGAUGAUGUGGUUCGGUCGAUGUAUCCCCCACUGGACCCAAUCCUCCUCGAUGCCAGGGCUACAGCAUUGCUGCUGUCCGUCAGUCACUUAGUGCUGGUUACGCGGAACGCCUGUCACAUGUCUGGCAGCCUGGACUGGAUCGACCAAUCACUGCAUGCAGCUGAGGAUCACAUGGUAGUGCUCAGGGAGGCAGCCUUGGCGUCAGAACCAGAGAGACGACUACCAGAAAGAGAGCAGUCCAUCUGAGUCACAAAUACACACACACACACACACACACACACACUCACACACACACACAAACACA